AUGCUCUUCAUAUUCCACAGGUACCAUCUCUUCUUCGAACUUGGUAGGCUCUUCGGGUACGUGUCGGCUGUCACCUCCGUCUUUCUGUGCGGGAUGGAGCUGGGGUGCAUGUUAGUGCACCUGAGGCGGCGGUGGCAGCGUCGUCGCAAGGCUCAGACACGAGGUGAGGGGGCUGCUGCUGAUGCUCUGUCAAGCACAGACGACGCUAUGCACCGACCGAACCCGUACGGCGCCAUCCAAAGGCUGCCAGUGGCGUAUCUCGACGAGCACCUCAGCGCCUGCGCUACCUUGUAUGUGUGGACGCUCCUCGAAGGGGAUGUGUUGUGGGUGUUGCACACGGCAUUGGUACGGUGGUACGUGUGCUCGCUCGCCUUCAUGGUUCUCUCACUCCUCAAAUGCCUUCGCGUGUUCUUCUAG